GCAAGAAGUAACCUAAACAGAAUCCAUUUCUGUGAUCACCAAAGCCACACGAUGAUUCUUGCCUAAAUCAUUUUAAAGACUGUAUAGAGGAAAAAAACUGCAAAAACAAAAACAAAAAAAACCGAUCACACAAGAAAAAUAAAAGAUUUGUAGAUUCAACUAAGAAAAUGGCGAGCACUAUGAUGACUACAUUGCCUCAGUUCAAUGGUCUUCGAGCCACCAAGAUCUCUGCAGCUCCUGUUCAAGGCCUGGCAAGUGUUCAGCCCAUGAGACGCAAGGGAAAUGGAGCUUUGGGUGCAAAGUGUGGUGACUUCAUUGGUUCAUCAACAAAUCUGAUAAUGGUAACGUCGACGACGCUGAUGUUGUUUGCGGGGAGAUUCGGACUUGCGCCAUCAGCCAAUAGGAAGGCGACAGCUGGACUUAGGUUGGAGGCACGUGACUCGGGUCUACAGACGGGUGACCCGGCCGGGUUCACGCUUGCGGACACUUUGGCUUGUGGCACCGUUGGUCAUAUCAUCGGUGUUGGAGUUGUCCUUGGCCUUAAAAACAUUGGUGCUAUUUAAAAUUAGUAAUGCUCUUUUAUUUGUAAAAUUUGUAGAUUCUUAUAACAAAUCUCAAGAACCUGAGGGAGAUCUAAUGGAAUUUGCAAGUCUUUAUGUUUGUAUCAUAUUUUAUCUCCCUUUCAUAGUCCAUAGAUUCGAAGCAUGGAAGAAACGGUAUUUGUGUUG